AUGGCUUCCUCUUCCCCUCAACGCAAACUCAAAAUCCUCAUGAUCCACGGCUACACCCAAAACGGACCCCUCUUCCACGCAAAAACCCGCGCUCUGGAGAAGAAUUUGGAUAAAGCGUUUCCUGCGGCUCCCAAACCUGGUCAUCUGCCUUCAUUCCCCGGAGGUGUGGAAUUGGUGUAUCCGACUGCGCCAUUGAAGUUGUCUGUAAACGAUAUACCCGGCUACGAUGUAGAUGGCGCAAAAGACGACCCCGAAGAGCCAGAAGCCUAUGCCUGGUGGAGGAGAAAGGGAGACGGUGAGCCCUUUCGCUACGAAGGACUUGAGCAAGGGUUCGAGCGCAUCGCGUCCGUGAUAAAAGAGCAAGGACCUUUCGACGGCGCAAUUGGCUUCAGUCAAGGUGGUGCCGCGGCAGGUAUGCUGGCCUCGUUGUUAGAAGCAGGAAGAAGAGAAGCAUUCGAGAAGCAACAGCCAAAUGGUGGCAUACGGUACCCCGAGAGCUUUGAGAAGGAUACAGGGUUCCUGACGGAUGUGAUUCAAGAGCCCCUGAAAUUCGCUGUUAGCUACAGUGGGUUUGCUGCCCCAAAUGAGUUGUACACGGGUUUCUAUGAGCCAAAGAUCAAGACGCCCAUGUUGCACUUCAUCGGCAGCGUUGACACGGUGGUUGAAGAGUCAAGGAGUUUGCGUCUGGUGGAUGCCUGUGUUACAGGCAGAGGUGUUGAAGGCGGUGUGGCUAGACUGGUAUACCACCCUGGUGGCCACUUCUUGCCUAGCAGCCAGAAACAGUACGUUGCAGCACUGGUAGCCUUUAUCCGAGAAGUCGUUGGUGGUCCACCAGAGGAUUCAUUAGAAAACAAGAAGGAAGACAAGGCUGAGGACAUGGACAUGCCAUUCUGA